AUGGGUGCUUUCACUCUCCCUUCAACCGACGGUCGCAUAGUCGCCGUACUUGGUGGAGGUGUCCUUGGCCGUCGCAUCGCUUGCGGAUGGGCUGCAAGCGGAUUUGACGUUGUCAUUCGUGACCCAAGCCCUGAACAAAGGGCUGCUGCAUUGGAAUACUGCAAUACGAGCAUGUCUCUGUACUCAGACUCAGAGACCCGAGGAACUGUCACAACGGUUGAAGAUCUUGCCGAGGCUGUUGCCAACGCAUGGCUCGUUAUCGAAGCUGUCCCCGAGAAACUCCCUCUCAAGAUCUCAACCUUUGCAGACUUGGAGAAACUCACAUCCCAUGACACCAUCCUCUGCAGUAACUCGUCAUCUUACAAGUCAAGAGAGAUGAUCGCGGGUCUGAAGGUGGAGACAAAACGACGCGUUUUGAACAUGCACUAUUACAUGCCACCAGACUACCGUGUCGUCGAGCUCAUGACCGACGGCGAGACCGACGAGAGCAUCUUCCCAUUCCUGUAUCAGAAACUCGAGGAGAUCAAGUUUCACCCCUACAUCGCACAGAAAGAGUCCACCGGUUUCAUCUACAACCGCCUCUGGGCUGCCAUCAAGCGAGAAGUUUUGAACAUUCUCGCCGAGGAAGUGUCUACUCCAGAGGAGAUCGAGAAGCUCUGGAAGGAAAUGUGGUAUGCUAAGGAGAAGGGACCCGUUGCUAUGAUGGACGCCGUUGGUCUUGAUACCGUGUCCUUCAUUGAGCAGCACUAUAUUGCUGAGCGUGGCCUGCCUGAUAUGCCUGUCAAGUUUCUUCAGAAGUACAUCGACGAAGGCAGGUUGGGAGCCAAGUCUGACAAGGGAGGGUUGCUCCCUCCAAGCAAACCUGUCGAGUCAAACCACGAAAGCUCGCUCUACUUCUUAGACAUCGGGCUGUCAAGGGGGAACGCAAAAGAAUGUGCUUCAGCUGGCCGCGUGUUGCUGGGUUCCAGCGAUGGGAAGCCCAUGAAGACACUUGUCUCAGGUCAGCGCAUGCCCGAUGGUAUCGACAUUUCGAAGUCCACCGGAAAGCUCUUCUGGACCUGCAUGGGCAACCCUUCGGCCAACGACGGUGCCGUUCUCAGCUGCAAUCUCAAUGGUACAGAUCUUGAGGAGAUUGUCUCUCAAGGCCUGGUUCAUACCCCAAAGCAGUUGACUGUCGAUAACACCAACUCGAAACUGUACUUUGCUGAUCGCGAGGGAAUGCGGAUCAUGAGAUGCAACUUCGAUGGCUCUGAGCUCGAAGUCUUGGUCCAGGCUGGUGAUUGGCAGGUCGAUGAACAUAUGCUGGACCCUACACGAUGGUGUGUUGGUAUCACCGUCUCAGCUGAUACUGGCAAGUUCUACUGGACGCAGAAGGGUCCGUCCAAGGGAGGAAAGGGUCGCAUCCUUCAAGCCAACAUCGCCUUCCAACCAGGCGAGGAUGCAGCGAGCAGGACAGAUAUCGAGGUGUUAUUCCAGGGCUUACCUGAACCUAUUGACCUGGAGAUCGAUGAGGAUGAGAAGGUCCUGUACUGGACGGACCGGGGUGAGUUACCAGAUGGCAACACUAUUAACCGCGCCCAGCUCAAUGGAAUCACCAAGGUGACUCACGAUGGUGCAAGCAAGCCAGACACUGAUUAUGAGGUUGUCGCCCGAGGAUUACAUGAGGCUAUCGGCAUCAAGCUUGACUCAAAGAAACGUCGAAUCUUUGCCACAGACUUGGGAGGCUCGGUGUACCAGUUUGAUAUGGAUGGAGGUAACAGGAAGAAGGUGUAUGAAGGGUCUGGGGCGUUUGUGGGUAUCACUAUGGCGUAG